UGCUCUAAUCGUGGUAUAUUUAUUGUCCACAGUAUCUGUUAUUGUGAUGUUUCAGUGUACAGAAAAUCACAGUAUCGUGCCAUUCACAUCUGCCUGUAAUGGCUCAAGCGAAUGUCCAAAUGGCAGCGAUGAGACAUUCGUUUUGUGUAAGGAUACCAUGAUAAACGAAGAAUUUUUCUAUUGCGCCUACGGAGGCGAAAUUAAUAGUUUUGGUGAGUGCAACAAUGUUGCCGAAUGCUACGAUAAAUCGGAUGAAUCGGUUCUCAUGUGCCAAGAGAACGAAUCGGUUAUCAAGUCAAUAAUAAAAGGCAAUUGCAACGGUGAUCAAAUUGAGUGCAUGAAAGGCGAAUGCAUUGCGCAGCACAAAAUGUGCGAUGAGAAGCACGAUUGCAGUAAUGGUCGGGACGAAUCUGUGGAGUUAUGUAUGCAGAAUAAAACAUGUCCUUACUAUCGAUGCGCCAAUGGAAAAUGCCUAAGCAAGAACCAGGAAUGCGACGGAAAUAUUGAUUGUAUCGAUGCUUCUGAUGAGUUGGAGAAUAUGUGUAAAUAUAAAGAGCACUGGAGAGGAAAUGCUCCGAAGCUUUGUUACGAGCCAACAGAGAGGAACUUGGAAUUUACAGAAGAUACUAAAUUUCAUUUUGAAAACGGAUCCCGAUUUGUAUAUGCCAAUCAAAAUGUUAGUUUCUCGUGUUCCGUUAAGAAAGAUAAGUUUCUUGGCAUUAGGCAGAAUGUAUGUAAGUAUACGGGAGACUGGCGGCACGAUCUCCCAGUAUGUAGUUCAAAGCCUCAGAACCUUGAUCCAAACACGAACGGGACCAAUGGGUGCCCAAUAGACAACUAUGAUAAUGAGACCAUGCUUAUAGGCGAUUGCUAUAGGUACGAUUGCAAAAAAACGACGUUACCACCUCUUAAACAUAUGUCAGUACAAUUGGCAUGCAUUGACGGUUAUACUUUGUCGCCACCGUAUGUGAGGAGGCAUUGUGAGAAUAAGAAGUGGGACAAACACGAAAAUCCUCGCUGUAUCAAAACGUGUCAACGGAAUAAGUUAUUCUGCAGCGAUUCAAUGCGGCGGUCAUGCAAAUAUAACGGUAAUCUCGUCCAAUGCGAAUCGACAAUGCUCCCAGGCACAGAAGUAGGUUUCGAAUGUAAUAUCGGAUAUAGAUGGAAGAAACAUGCAACGGAGACGAAUAUAGCUGUUACAUGCCAGGAGGAUGGAACUUGGUCGGAAAAUCUUGAUAUGGAUAAAUACUGUGAACUUGAUUGUGGUCAUCUUCACACAAAUACAAUAAAACCUUUGGCGACAUCCGGUACUCCCAUAGAGCCAGAAAUCUCGCCGUGGACCGUUGUCAUUUAUGCGAAGGAUCAGGAACAUAGCUACAAGAAAAUAUGUGGUGGGGUCCGUGUGAAGCCCGACAUUGUGUUGACUGCCGCACAUUGUGUGCUAAUUAACGAUACCAUUAAACUAGCACAUUAUCGGGUGGGAGGCUCAACAAAUGUUAAUCGUACAGUUGGUGAGGAUUAUGGCUGGGCAGUUUCAAAAAUUGAGACUAAUCGGAACUAUGAUCCUUCUACGAUGGCAUUUGAUACCGCUCUGUUAAAACUGAACUUAACUUCGGUAGACAGAAAUAAAGCAAAAGUUAUUUGCUUACCCUGGCAGUUCGAUGAAUACAUGUACGAGAUGGGGAACACAGUGGCCGAGGUGUGUUCCCUUUCCAACGGAACAAAUAGUUUAAGGUUGACCAUGGUUGAGUCUGGAGUAUUGAACAAUACCAGCGAACAUCAAAUUGACAUAGCAGCUAAGACGGGAGCAUAUCUUUGCGAAGGUGAUAGUGGAAGCGGAUUCAUCACUAACUGCUAUCAUAAGCAUACUAAAACGAGGGCUGAUAGCUUCUGCUUGUAUGGUGUGGUGAGUUUCGCAAACAGAGGCUUAGACAAACAGAGAUGCUCUAAGAACGUUGUCCUUAUGAAUACGACCAGCUACUAUAAUAGAGAUUUUAUUAGCUCCACUAUCGAUUACAUGACGACUUGUGAUCAAUAUUAACAAUACAACCAUUCGAAUUCAAAAUUUAA